AUGAGGCUGUGGCAAUCGGGUGAGUUUGGCCAUGGUGCUGCUCUCGCCGCCAAGGGUGAUGAGGGCGUCAAUAAAACAUUUACCUCACCAUUGAUACAGCUGAGUUGGCAUGUUUCUACUAGUUGCUUAAAGACAAUUAUCAUGUUCAAACAAGAACCAGAGUUUUAUGUACUUAAAGAAGAUGCUUCACCAUGCAUUUUUGGCCCGAUUGAGAAGCAGAGAUGGUCCUAUGCUUGUGCAAAACAACUUAUUGAAAGGCUAAUUUAUGCUGAGGGUGCAGAAAAUGGCCUCGAUUUUACUAUUGUGAGACCUUUUAAUUGGAUUGGACCAAGGAUGGAUUUUAUUCCUGGAAUUGAUGGUCCUAGUGAGGGCGUUCCUCGGGUGCUGGCAUGUUUCAGUAAUAAUCUUUUAAGCCGUGAACCUUUAAAGCUUGUUGAUGGUGGAUCCCAAAGAACUUUUGUGUACAUCAAGGAUGCCAUUGAAGCUGUUCUCUUGAUGAUUGAAAAUCCUGCUCGAGCCAAUGGCCAGAUCUUUAAUGUCGGAAAUCCCAACAAUGAAGUUACAGUAAAGCAACUUGCUGAAAUGAUGACAGAGGUGUAUUCAAAGCUGUCAGGAGAUCCACCAUUGGAGGAGCAUCCCAUUGAUGUGAGCUCCAAGGAGUUUUAUGGUGAAGGAUAUGAUGACAGUGAUAAACGGAUUCCCGACAUGACCAUAAUCAAUAAACAACUUGGAUGGAGUCCAAAGACAUCGCUGUGGGACCUGCUGGAAUCAACCUUGACAUACCAGCACAGGACAUAUGCAGAAGCCAUCAAAAGAACAAUGGCAAAACCUGUUGCAUCCAGUUAGAUCAUGCAGAGGUUGGAUUGGAUGUCCAGAAGCUGGUUCCCCCAAGUCAUCAUUGCAGAUCUCUUUCAAUUCUUUUUAAAGGUCAUAUAUAUGUAAGCAAUUUGUGCAUUAUUUUUUUUUCUUAUUACUAGAUGAUGUCAAGAGCUUCCUACACUGAAAUUUAUUCGGUGUUGAUAAAAGUAGUUAUCUGCUACGGCAGGAUGUUAGGGAUGGUUUAUGUAGUGAAUGACAUCAGUGCUAUACCCAACGCAUGUUGUUAGUGAAAAAUGUUUCUGUUGUCCUAUUUC